GGACUUGUCAGCCGUUGUUGACGUCCAGGAGCAGGAGGGGAUAUCUUUUUCUUUCUAUCUGAUUAGAACAGAAAUGGCAACCAAAGCGAGUCCUCCAAAUCUCCACAAAUCUGUGGCCAUUUCCAAAGGAUACAACUUCGCUUCUACUUGGGAACAGAAUGCUCCUCUGUCGGACCAACAGCAUGCAGCAAUCGUCGCACUAUCUCACGCCGUUGCUGAGCAACCAUAUCCUACCAAUUUGGCCCAAGAUCAUAUAUCUAGGCAGGACAAUGGCGGCCUGGCUGUUUCCACUAAGGAUAGCGCUUUUGGAGAUUCUCAAGCCAUAGAAGCAGUUUUAGUUAAUACAAAUCAGUUCUACAAAUGGUUUACAGAUCUUGAAUCAGCCCUGAAAUCAGAGGCAGAAGAGAAGUAUCAGCACUAUGUCAAUACUUUGACAGAACGCAUACAGACAUGUGAUGAUAUACUUCAUGAAGUGGAUGAAACUCUGGAUUUGUUUAAUGAACUUCAGCUGCAACACCAAGCAGUAGCAACAAAGACUAAGACUCUUCAUGAUGCCUGUGAUCGACUGUUAGUAGAGAAGCAAAGACUGAUUGAGUUUGCAGAAGCUCUUCGCAGUAAGCUGCACUACUUUGAUGAAUUGGAGAAUAUUGCUAGAAAUUUUUAUUCUGCAAAAGUGAAUGUUGGAAGUGAGAACUUUCUUCCGCUGCUCAAACGGCUUGAUGAGUGCAUAUCGUAUGUUGAAAGCAAUCCACAAUAUGCAGAAUCUAGUGUUUAUUUGCUUAAAUUUCGGCAACUCCAGUCUCGAGCCCUGGGUAUGAUUCGUUCUCAUGUACUUUCUGUUCUGAAAGGUGCUUCUUCUCAGGUCCAGGCAGCAAUCCGGAGCACUGGUGGCAACAAGACAUCCGUUUCUGAGGGUGUAGAGGCAUCUGUUAUCUAUGUCAGAUUCAAGGCAGCUGCAAAUGAGCUCAAGCCCAUACUGGAGGAAAUCGAAAGCAGAUCAUCUAGAAAAGAAUAUGCUCAAGUCCUUGCGGAAUGCCACAAAUUGUAUUGUGAACAGCGGCUUUCUUUGGUAAAAGGCAUAGUACUUCAACGAGUAUCUGAAUUUGCCAAGAAAGAGGCCUUGCCAUCAUUAACUAGAUCUGGAUGUGCAUAUCUAAUGCAGGUUUGUCAACUUGAGCACCAACUCUUUGAUCACUUUUUCCCAUCUUCUUCAGAGGAUAUUUCUGGUUUGGCUCCAUUGCUUGAUCCUUUGUCUACUUUCUUGUAUGAUACACUGCGCCCAAAACUUAUUCAUGAAACAAAUAUUGAUCUUCUUUGUGAGCUUGUUGAUAUACUUAAAGUUGAAGUCUUGGGAGAACAGCUUAGCAGACGGAGUGAGUCAUUGGCUGGGCUACAUCCUACAUUGGAAAGAAUUUUGGCAGACAUUCAUGAACGGCUGACUUUCCGAGCUCGAACACAUAUUCGUGAUGAGAUAGCUAAUUAUAUUCCUUCUAAUGAAGACCUGGAUUACCCUGCAAAGCUUGAGCAAUCUGUUGAGAAGAAACCAGAAACUACUUCUGUUGAAGAAACUGCCAAUGUAUUUAGAACUUGGUACCCACCCUUGGAGAAAACUCUAUCAUGCCUUUCGAAGUUGUACCGUUGUCUAGAACCAUCUGUUUUCACUGGUUUAGCACAGGAAGCAGUAGAAGUUUGCUCCCUUUCUAUCCAAAAAGCAAGCAAACUCAUUGCAAAGAGAACAACAGCAAUGGAUGGGCAGCUCUUCCUUAUCAAACAUCUUCUAAUCUUAAGGGAGCAGAUUGCUCCAUUUGAUAUAGAAUUUUCAGUCACAUACAAGGAACUUGACUUCUCCCAUUUGUUGGAGCACUUAAGACGGAUACUUAGAGGUCAGGCUUCUCUGUUUGACUGGUCGAGAUCAACUUCACUAGCAAGGACUUUAUCUCCCCGAGUUCUAGAAAGUCAAGUAGAUGCCAAGAAGGAACUGGAGAAAAGCCUAAAAGCAACUUGUGAGGAGUUCAUCAUGUCGGUCACUAAGCUGGUUGUGGAUCCGAUGCUUUCAUUUGUUACCAAGGUUACUGCUGUAAAAGUUGCACUGUCUUCUGGCGGUCAGAAUAAGAAACUUGACUCCAUCAUGGCCAAACCACUUAAGGAUCAAGCUUUUGCUACUCCAGAUAAGGUGGCCGAACUUGUUCAGAAGGUAAAUGCAGCUAUUCAGCAAGAAUUGCCCAUGGUGAUGGCAAAGAUGAAACUUUAUCUGCAGAACACAUCAACAAGAACAAUACUUUUUAAACCGAUAAAAACAAAUAUUGUGGAAGCACAUGUUCAGGUACAAUCCCUUGUAAAAGUCGAGUACUCUCCUGAAGAACAAAGCGUCAUUAAUAUGGUGUCCAUGCAAGAGCUGCAAGCACAACUUGACAAUCUCCUUUAGGAUGCCUACUCAAUUUUUUCUUAAAGAUCUUGAUCACAUGUAGAGCAGUUUUGGUUUGUCAGAAGGAAUUGAAAUCUUCAUACUGGUUCAUUAAAAGCUGCAGAGUUGAAAUUUAAAUAUGAUAUGCAUACAUUUGUACCUUUAAAUAAUGUUGAAGGAAUAUAAUGAACCAAUCAUUAGUCGAGGACUAAUAAGAAAAGAGCGAAUCGUAUUCAUUAUUUGAGAAUCGUAUCUUGUAACUCGAUUAUGAAUUUUAAAAUUUCAUGGUUCACAUCGCAUUCUUAAUCAUCAACAGUUCUCGAUUAUGCUUAA